CGAUAAUUGGACUCAAGGAAGCUUUGCCUGCCGCGAGAGGAGCACAGAGAGUGAGAGUCGACGUUGCGUGGGCGCCAGCGAGAAUCAAGACAAUUAAGAUUGGAGAUGGGUCUUGUAGAGCGAGGAAAGGAAAUGCAAGAUUUGAAUACGCCAAGACCUGGGAAAUCAAGAGAUCUUUUUGGCGUACAGCUUGAGGUAACCUCUCUACUAUUGGAAGCGGAACGACGCAAGCUGGCGGUACUGCAGCGCGAGCUACAAGCUGCCCUGGCCGAGGGUGGUAGCGUCAAAGUCAAGGAAAAGCAGCGUCAGGAGUUGCUGCAUGCCAUAUCGAAAAUACAAGCCCAGCAUCAACAACUGGACAAAGAAUACCGAAUUCACGCGGCUGGAGUUCUGCUCUGCAAUUCCCGGGCUUCCGGAAAGGUAAGCUUUCGCCGAAAUGAUUGAUACUUUCUGUGUGACAAGGACAAC